UGACGUCAGCGAGUCCGAACGGCCAGAGCUAAGCAAGGGGCCGGGGGCGCGGAUCUCGGAGAGCAGGCAAGGGAGAGCUAGGCCGGCGGAGCAGAGCGGGGAGGGCUGAGAGCGGCGGGAGCCCCCCGGAGUGGAGCCCCUCAGGCACCUGCUCGCCCGCCCGGCCGAUCCGCGCACGCAUAGUGGCCCGCAGGCCCCCGCCCGGGCCCAGUCCCCUCCUGGGGCCCCCAUGGCCCGGGCCGCAGCCCUCCCGCCAUCGAGAUCGUCGCGGACGCUGCCGCUGCUGCCGCUGCUGCUGCUGCUCGGGGAGGCCGGAGCCCAGGAUGUACGAGUUCAAGUGCUGCCCGAGGUGCGGGGCCACCUGGGAGGCAGCGUGGAGCUGCCCUGCCACCUGCUGUCGCCCGCCCCGGGAGUGCGGGUCUCCCAGGUGACCUGGAAGCACCGGGAUGUCACCGUGGCCGCCUUCCACCCCAAGUACGGCGUCCACUUCCCCAACCCCCAGCUCGGCCAGGAGCGGCUGUCCUUCGUCAACGCGGGAGCCGGGCAGGGCACGGAGACGGAUCUGCGGGACGCCACGCUGGCCCUCCGGGGGCUGCGGGUGGAGGAUGAGGGCAACUACACCUGUGACUUCACCACCUUUCCCAACGGCACCCGCCGCGAGGUGACCUGGCUCAGGGUCAUAGCCCAGCCCCAGAACCACGCCGAAGCCCAGGAGGUGACCCUGAGCCUGGAGCCCGUGCCCGUGGCGCGCUGUGUGUCCUCCGGCGGCCGCCCACCCGCUCGAGUCUCCUGGAUCUCGUCCCUGGAUGGGGAGGCCAGAGAGACCCAAGCGUCGGGGACCCUGCCCGGCACAGUCACCGUCACCAGUCGCCUCACCUUGGUGCCCUUGGGCCGGACAGAUGGUGUCAAGGUCAGCUGCAAAGUGGAGCACGAGAGCUUCAAGGAGCCGGUGCUGCUGCCCGUGACCCUCUCCGUGCGCUACCCCCCCGAGGUCUCCAUCUCCGGCUACGAUGACAACUGGUACCUGGGCCGGAGCGAGGCCGCCCUCACCUGUGACGUCCGCAGCAACCCAGAGCCCACCGGCUACGACUGGAGCACGACCUCUGGCGUGUUCCCCGCCGCCGCCGUGGUGCAGGGCCCGCAGCUGCUCAUCCACACGGUGGACAGCCUGGUCAACACCACCUUCAUCUGCACGGUCACCAACGCCGUGGGCACGGGCCGUGCCGAGCAGCUGGUCCUGGUGCGAGAGACCCCCAACACGGCAGGUGCAGGGGCCACAGGCGGCAUCAUCGGAGGCAUCAUCGCGGCCAUCAUCGCCACCGCCGUGGCCGCCACGGGCAUCCUCAUCUGCCGGCAGCAGCGGAAGGAGCAGCGGCUGCAGGGGCCAGAGGAGGAGGACGACCUGGAGGCACCGCCCUCGUACAAGCCACCGACCCCGAAGGCAAAGCUGGAGGAGCCAGAAAUGCCCUCGCAGCUGUUCACCCUGGGGGCCUCGGAGCACAGCCCACUCAAGACCCCCUACUUUGACGCUGGCGCAUCGUGCACUGAGCAGGAAAUGCCUCGGUACCACGAGCUGCCCACGUUGGAAGAGCGGUCGGGGCCGCUGCUCCUGGGGGCCACGGGCCUGGGGGGCCCCAUCCUCGUGCCUCCGGGGCCCCCUGCCGUGGAGGGGGCUUCGCUGGAUCUGGACGAGGAGGAGGAGGAGGAGGAAGACUAUCUGGACAAAAUCAACCCCAUCUACGACGCCCUGUCCUACAGCCCGCCCGAUUCCUACCAGGGCAAGGGCUUCGUCAUGUCGCGGGCCAUGUACGUGUGACCUCCGACCCGGAGCCCCGCACUAAGACUGUGACCUCAGUCGGUACCUCUCCCCGCUGCAGACAUCUCGACACCCCGGGGCCCCCAGGAACACUGCAGACGCUGCUGUGUGCUGGCAGCUGCGCCCCCGGCGGCCCUGCUGCUCCGACCUGAGCCCUCCAAGCAGCAGCGCCCAGCACCCGAGUCCGGCCCGCAGGCGAGCCCCGCCGGCACCCCAACACUACUGAGCGCCCCCUCUGCCUGCCCGGGGGGCGGGGGGCAGGGGGCGUGGCACUGUCCCCAGCCAGCAUUUCCUACACAACACGAGUUUAUACUUUGA